CCUCCCCACCCCUCCUUGCGCCGGGAAGCCAAUGGGCGCGGGGGAUGCUGACGCCGGGGAGGCGGCCGGGUUGCUACAGCAGCGGCCACACUCGCGGCGGCGGCGGGGAGCUGGAGCUUGAAGGGGCGGCGGCGCCAUGGAAGAGCUGGACGAUAACGGAAGUGUGGGACCAGCUGAAGAUCUUUUACCAUGCAAGAUUUGUGGGAGGACUUUUUUCCCAAAUGCAUUAAAGAAGCAUGUUCCCAUUUGCCAAAGAGCUGCUAAUAAAAAAAGAAAAGCGUUUGACUCCAGCAGACAGAGAGCGGAGGGAACUGAUAUUUCCACCGUCAAACCUCUGAAGCCACGGCCUGAGCCCCCAAAGAAACAAUCAAACUGGAGGAGAAAGCAUGAGGAACUCAUAGCAGCUAUACGAGCAGCCAAAGGAGUUGAUCAGGUCCUUAAAGAAGGUGGAAAACUGCCACCACCACCACCCCCUACUUACGAUCCUGAUUAUAUCCAGUGCCCAUAUUGCCAGAGAAGAUUUAAUGAAAGUGCAGCUGAUCGGCACAUCAAUUUCUGCAAAGAACAGGCAGCGCGUAUUACUAAUAAAGGAAAAGUGGUUACUGAUUCUAAAGGGAAGCUUCCUACCCGAACGCAGUACAAGUCGCCAUCAGUAAAGAAGAUGCCUCCAUCAGGAAUAACACCACCAGCCUCAUCACGCUUACCACAACCAAGUACACCUGCAAAUAAAAUUCUGUCUACAAGUGGGCCAGUGGGAAGUAAAAUCCAAAGUUUGUCUCCAGCUCAUAAAAACUCAACAAGGACAAGCCCCCAAACAGGAGGGUCCAUGAAAUCACGGACAGUUGUACCUACUAACGUGGCACGGAAUGCUGGCAUAGGUAUGAUGGCAAACAAAAGAAAAGCUUAUAGUACUGAAAACUACUCAAACAGAACUGGAUAUGACAGUGGAGACUGCUCAUCUUCUGUCAAUGGAGCAAGUUCAAAAAGCAAUGAGGGAAAUUCACCUGCACAGUUACCAAAAUUCUGUUACGAAUGCGGCGCCAAAUACCCGGUGGAAUCUGCAAAAUUCUGCUGUGAAUGUGGAGUUCGAAGAAUGGUUUUGUGAACACCUUCUGUAAAGUAGGAUAAAAGAGAGCUCCUCUGUUUGCUAUGGCUGCAUGGAAUUCCGCGCUGUACUUUCCCAUCUGAACUUGUGCUAAAACACCAUAGUAAUUUUCUGAGAGCAAUUCUUUUUGGUUGCAGAAUAAUUUAUAUAGAUAUAAAUAUACUGUAUAUAAUUGAUAGGUACCUGAAACUGUGCCAUUCAAGAAGGUAUUCUUGAGACACUGUUGGAAAUAUCUUUAAUGGAGCGAAUUAACUCAAGAAGUGGGGGGGGGGUCGUUUUGUUUUUUGUAAUCCUGCUAUGUAUUACUGUAUAUUCUUACAUGGUUCUCGUUAUUCACCCAUAAUAGUGUUACCCCGAAUAAGUUCAUCCAAUAAGGGAAUCUAGAGAAUAUUGGCUGCUGUAGAUAACUUGAUAAGUAGGUUCUCAUAAACCUUACAAACAAAAAAGGUUCAGAUUUACCGAUCUUGUUUAUAUUAUUCUACCUGAUUGGCAUUUUUUCAGAGUCUGCUUUCAAAACAUGUUAUAAUGUCCAUUGUACAGAUGCUUCCUUUGUGUGUGGUACCAGAUUUUCCCCAGCCAAUUUUCACAUUCCUUUCUUUAAAUAUAAUUCUUAGUUUUGCAAAAUAGUUCACCUUCAGAUAUCUAUGGAAUCAAUUGCCAAUGGCAGCUUUUCCUGCAAACCUCACUAUAAUGAAUGGAGGAUGUAUAAGUGGUACUUUGAAUCUCAUCCUUUAUCAAGCUUCUCCUACACCGCUCUCUUUUUCCAUUAUUUGUAAAGCCCUGCUCCUUAUUUUCUAAAAACAAGUAUAAGCAUAGUUUUAAUGUUUGUCCAGUAUGGUCUAAAUUAUUAAGCCCACUUUAUAGAGUUUUGUGGCUAUUGCAAUGAUGGUAAGAUACAAUAGAAAAAGAAUCACUUGUUAUAUAAUAAUUAUUAGUAGAACAAAUGAGUUUCAGAACAUGGUACCUGAAUAAUGCUUUUUCUUCUUCUUUGCAGUAUCUUUUGCUUAGGGGUUUUUGGUACCUUCUGCAGCCAAAUCAAAAUAAACUGGCUUCACAGGGAGUACAUUGACCCACUGGAGCCCUUAACCUAUAUCAGUAUUGUUGUUUGUCUUAGUAAUAGCAUACAUUUUCACAGAAAUUAUUUUUCCUAUAGAGAAGAGCCCUCAUUUCUGCCUUUCUCAAAAUCAUUUUGACCUUUUUGGUUCCAACAGUUAUUUCUAAGCCGUGGUCACAUCUUAUAAAGAAACAAUUUAACCUGUCAGCUGGGCACUUUGUAGUAUUUGACCUGACAUUAAUCUAACCUUAUUUUCAUCUUUUCAAAUGAUGUGACUAAUGGCAACUGGAAAUACAACUGGUUGAUCAAGCUACUUUUUCUGCUUCAACUUUCUAGUAUGCUUGCUGGUGGUAAACUGAAGGUCCCUUAUAAUCAGAGUUAACAAAUUCAUUGAUGUAGGAUUGUUAUUUGUGGAUCUUCGUUGCUCAGAAAUGAAAAGUACAAUUUUAACUGCAGUAUCCAAAACCUUGUCCUGUGACCCAAUUUUCAGUUCUAUACAAAUGGCUAAUAUUCAGCCAUUAUAGAAUGCUUAGUUGAUGUGCUACAGUGGCUAAAUGUGGGGGAACUGAACCAGACUGGAGAAGAUGUCUAGAACUUCAUUGAGGUGUGCACUAUUAUGCAUAGCUCACAUUAUUCUCCCUCUUUUCUUAGGUGUUCCUUCCAGACCUUUUCUUUUUAUUUAAAAAAAUUAUGAAUACUUUGUCUGCAACCUGUAUUAGUAGAUUAGUGUACUAUCUUUGAUUAUAUAUAGUUACAUUUUAAUGGCGGGGGUAAAUUCAAUAAUUUAGGAAGUUGCACUUUUAAAGGUUUUCAUUAAAACAAAAAACUGAGCCCAAUAUAUCAUAUUGCUUCAUGAUGAAAUCACUAUAAUGGGCAUGUUCAACCUAAACCAGAAAUAAUUAUGUGUGUUGAUUUAGUACUUGAAGGCACUGUUAUAAAAUCUUAAAGAGUGAUUGUUCUGUGUGAUGAGCUCUUCCGUGUGAUAGAAAUCAAAAAGGCAUCGACAAACCUAACCACUUAAAACGAAAAUGUUAUUGAUAUUAAUGGAGAAUCACAUUUCUGAACCAAUCAAUGACAUUGCAUCAUUUCAUAAUAUGGUUCUCUGACUUUAAAUGGUGGUGGUUAAUCUAUAAAAUAAUUACUUUAAACAUGCAGUAACAUUUUGCUUCCAUAUGAAAGGGUCUCCCCCUCUUCCAAUCCUCAGAAUACUAAGGAAGAGAAGAGUUUUUUUCAAAACAUUCCUUUUGCCUUUUCAUUUACUAGAAAAUCUGGUAAGUUAUAUUAUACAUCUUGUUUAUUUGCUUGAAAUCUUACUUUUAAAUACAUUGUUAUGCCACAGAUUUAUAUCUCACGUAAAUGAUGAUACUGAGAUGAGCUCAAUAUAUUUAAGAAUUCACUCAGAGUUACUUCAGGUUACUUUUAGCCAGAGUUGACUCUACACAUUUGAAAAAUGUACACCUUGUAUUGCCCUAAUGGCAGAGCAGCACAGAGAUCAGUCUUAGCAUCAGAAAAGCUAAUUUGUAAUGUACUUAGUGGUGGAAAUCUAGUGAUCAAUCUCUGGUAUUCCACUUAAUUUUUUUGCAUUUUGUGAAAGAGAUGACUGGUAUGUUGGGAAAUUUCUGAAUGAUCUACAUGGACCCUUUUGAGAGUCUUGUGUGGAUGUUGCUUUGUUUUGGGUGAGAAUUCAUAUGCAUCUUCAUUCACCAAAGAUCUCAAAUAUUUAUGUAACAUAAAUGCUUUCCUGUGUUUCUACAGAUGCUUUAUUACACCUACCUAACAAUACAGAUUUCUUACUGCGUCUGCCUGAUCUUUUAAUAUAUUGUAUACUCUCUCUUUUGUAACUGUCAUCUAAUUUCUAGUUAUGUGACCUUUUAUUCUUUGCUCUGACUUGCGUUUUGGAUUUUCCUAAAUGUUUACUGGGAUCAUUGCGAAAGCAAUCUGUACAUGCUUGCUGUAUGUUAUCUAGUCCUUUGUUAACAAUAAAAGCAAUUGUUGCAUACAUUU